AUGACACUUGAUGACACCAAGUACUGUUUGACGAGGAGUAGCAGACAGAGGUUCAGACUGCAGCUCUACUCUAGACUUGAGUUCACGUCCUCGUGGGUGCUGAUGAAAGAUGUCAUCAGAGACCAGGUGGAUGUAGGCAUGAAGGACCACUGCGAGGCAUUGGACAAAGCACUACAACUGAAGAUAUCAGAGUCCAAAAUAGCGCCACCGAAUGCGUCCAGAUCAGCAGUAGUGAAAGGCAGUAGUAAUUUGCAAAGCGGAGCAGCUAAUAUGGAUGGGAGCGAGAAGUCAGAUUCGGCCAGCAAUCUGCCUGGCACAAGUGCUGGAUUGAGUCAUGCAGGGCUGUCAAGGAAGAAACACAAUGGUACUCUGGUGAACAGGGAUUCCUCGAUCGGACAGAGGGAGAGAUGCGGGUCCAUUCAUGAAGCCUUGCCAGAUGUGUUGGGUAGUCGACUGAACGAACACGAACACCGUCUCGGUUCAAGCUCGUCUGAGUUGAACCGAGGCGGAGGAACGACUCGAACACGCCACCGAGGAGGGACAUCUCGUCUCUCUCGUCUUUCUUCGGGUGGUGAGGUCGUGUGGGGUUCGAGGUCGGUGCAAUGGAUGGUGAUUCUGCUGCUCGUUUUGGCCUCAAUUUCUCAUUCUAUGCUCAUUUAUCAGCUCUCAAACAUAUCAUCACAGGGUUCGUUCCGUGGAACAAAAUCAACGUAUUUUGAUGACAGAUCAUCAACUAAUAAUCAGUUUUCAUCAAGCAGUAUCAAUCACAGGGAGUCCAGUUUGGACGAAAGUUCGCAAGAACACCUGCAGCAAAAAGAGCAAUCAAAGCAAAGCAAAGAACAGGAAAAGUUCACGCAUCAACAGCUUUUAGCCUUGAUAGUGAACUCGCAGGUUCAACAGCAAAAUCAGUUCCAACAAAUUAUGAAGAAUAGUUUAGCAGUUUUGGAGGUGAUGACGAACAAUACGAACAGCAUGUCUAUGUUAAUGUCUUCCCAUAUGGUCCAGCAAAGUUCAGUUGUGAACGAAUUUGCAAAAAAUGUGAACGAACACGCUCAAACAUCAGAAUUAAAGGAAGAAAAUACUGGCAGUCAACCAGAAUUACAAGCGAAGCAUAAAUUAAAUAGUUUUGGGGAGCCUUUAACCAAGGAAACAUCUGCGCUGAAGAGUGAUAAAACUGAAAUGUUUGCCUCAAAAAAGUUUCCGCAAAAACUGGACGACGAAUUGUGAACUUUACAAAAAUUUACAAAUAGUUGCUGUAAAAAAUAUCAAAUCAACCAAAUCCAUUCAUUGGUAUAAUUAUAAUUAGAUCUGGGGUAAAUUUGCAUUGUCUUCUGUCAAUAGAUUGUGUUUUAUUUAAUUGAGCAAAAUAGUUACAAAUUUGGUGCUAGUUUAAUCCAACUAUUCCAAUCAAUUGUUUGACUGUGUUACUACAAUUACUGGUCAUUGUAUCUCAAAUGUGUAGUUUAAUAUUGAGUCCUAUUUUUAGCUAAAAGUUUGAGUUCAUUUCAUCUUGUAAUAUUAACGGUUUGAUUUUGAACAA